GAAUUUAAAUUAUAUGUAAAGUAAUAAUAAUAAAGUUAAUUAACCUGUUCGGUUUGAAGAAAUCUAUUUCAAGUAAAUCGAAGAUUGCGCGGGAAAAUCUGACCGUGGAAGAGAAAACAAGUCCUCAGUCGGAAGGGCAGCAGUACGAAUGGAAGAAGUUGGUCGGAUCUAUAAGACGUCGAGUGCAACGUCAUAGCUCCACGUCCGGUACUGUGGAAUUAUCGCCUACUAGCGAACCGGCGACUAGUACCAGAAAAAAUUCCCUGACCCGUAGUAAAUUCGAUGUGUUUAAAUGGGAUAAAAACAAAGACGACGCUCAAGGCGUAUUGGAAAAGGGUAAGAAAGAAGAGGGGGGCGAACGGAGGGAAGCGCGCAAAGCGUUCUCGUUGACCAAGCAAAAGAGUAUCGGGUCAGAGUUGCCCAUUAGGAAUUUUAAAUCGACGACGUUCAAGGCGUUGAGCUUUCGCGACAAACCGAAAAGUUCGUCGGUGAAAAACAUUGACAGUUUGGUGUCGCCAAAAUCGUGCAAGUCGAGUUUCACGUUAUGCAAAGGUGUGCGGAAGAAGGAGGUGACUAUUGACAAAAUGCAGAAAUGCAUUACAAAACUUAAAAGUAAUAAUGAACAAAUUAAGAAAAGCGUAGGCAUCUGCCAGAAGCUUAGAGAAGAUAGAAAUGUCAACAGGGAUGAUUUCUUGAAGGCCACCAUGAGAAUUUUUCUUGUUGUUUCUCCACCGGUGGGAAAAAUGCAGGUUCGCUCGAAAAGUCUAAAUCAUUUAGAUGAAAUCGAGAUGAGACAGGCGGUAGAUCCCAGUACGGAAUCAGCUUUAAAAGAUUCAAGAUCAGAACCGGAUUGUGCGAAGAGCUUAUCGAUUCCUCCUGGUGCUAAUAUUCUAUCGGAGAUUCCAAUUUCUACAACGAAUGAUGUUCCUGCGGAGCCGCCCGCUAGAAAACAUGUUUUAUCCAGAUCUCAAAAAUCGAGCAGCGAAUGCUACAGCGUUAAUUUUGAAGUUGGAGAUGAAACUACAUGGGAUAAUGAGUUAUUUUUCCCUGCAGUUCGAGGCGUUACUAUAAAGGACUCUUUAUCGAAACUAUGCGAACUUCGAAACAUCGACCUAUCCUCCUGUGACGCAUGGCUGCAAGAUAAAAGUAGCAAUACAAACACUUGGGUAUCAUUUACACAAGACACGGCCAGUCUCGUAGGCAAACACAUUAGAAUAACUGCAAAAGAUGGGUCAGGCAACAGAAAAUCGUCAACGUCCGUUUAUGGUGGUCACUCCAGAAAGCCGUCUAAUUCCAACAACAAAUCGCGAUCAAGUAGUUUCUUUAAUUCCAGUAUGGAGGAGAGCAAUACUAACCCUAACACUUCGCUGGCCCCGGAAACCGACGCCAGUAAAAAACAAGGGAAGCAACGAUGGUCGGGUUUCUUUGGGAAUACAAAGGACACGCGAAUGGAAUUGCUGGCGGAGCAGUUGAAUAAUUACGCGAAAAAUGGCAUUCCGAACUGCCAAAUAUAUCCGCAAGGUCAAUGUGAAUCGAUCGACGCUUUGUAUAGACUUGAAGGCGAUUGGAGAAUGCUGAUCGAUCAUACAGAUCUAAACGAAAAGUUGCAGCAGCAGCAAACAGCUUUAUGGGAAUUAAUUAAAACGGAAGUCGCCUACAUAAAAACCUUAAAGGUUGUAACAGAUUUAUUUUUGGCUUGUCUGAAAAAUUUACAAUCUGCCAAUUUACUGAAAGAAAUCGAUACCGAGAAAUUAUUUUCGAAUAUUACCGAAAUCCUCGACGCGAAUGUAUUAUUUUGGAGAAACUGCAUUUUCCCAUUAGUUCGAGAUAUGCGAAAGUAUAAGCAACCGCCGUGUAUUGAAAAUAUGUUGCAGGGUUUUCUUAAGAUAAGCGACACUUUCCAAGCGUAUUUUAGGUACUGUGCCGAACAGGCACGCUGUCAGCAUUACUGUAGGGAAAACCAUACACACAACGAAUUAUUUACGGCUUAUUUAGUAUGGUGUGAAACGCAGAAAGAAUGCAAUAGGUUAAGGUUAAUGGAUAUAUUAGUACAACCGAUGCAAAGACUGACUAAGUAUGGUUUACUUUUGAAAGCUAUAUUGAAAAAUACAGAUGAUGACGUGGAAAGGGAUAAUUUAAACUUAAUGAUUAAGUCCGUAGACGAUUUUGUAAAUAGUGUAAAUUUUAGUCUUAAGCAAAAGCAGGACAAUGAACGUCUAAAGGGAAUUAUGGCAAGAAUUGAGAGUUACGAUGCAGUGGAGUCUAAAGACGAUGACCUGGAAAAAUUAUUGAAAGCAUACAGUCAAUUAGAUUUAAACAAGCCAAUGGUAGGAUGUCCGGUGGAAAGAAAGCGUCACCUACUAUUGGAAGGUGAUCUUAAAUUAAAAGACAGCGCGACGUCCAAGAUGGAGGUUCAUUGUUUCCUAUUAACCGACAUGUUAUUAGUAUGUAAGCCGUCCACUAAGAAAGGUGGUGCCACAAUGCGAAUUAUAAGACAGCCAUAUCUAAUUGAUCGGCUAGUAAUUACCGAAUUAACGAGAGAAACGCCAAGUCUGGCCGCUAUAUAUAAGAAUGAAUUCGAUUUACCAGUCGCUGCAUUUAUAUUGCAAAAUAACGAUGCCAGAAAACUUAAGAGCUGGAAGGAUGGUAUUGCCAAGGCUCAAUAUUUAUAUCUUCAGGCUAAGCAGAUGAAUUACAUGGCAGAUGAAAGUCUAGAAACUGAUUUCAGCGCAGAUUACAGUUUGGAGGGCGAUUAUCAUAGUUUACAAUUGAUUCCACGUUCACCAUUGGCAUCCUCAUCGCGCGCAAGCAGAGUAUCAAGUUUAGCGCACAGCCACAGCGGAUCCGUUGAAAUGAACGAUCAAUCGUCUGUUGGUUCAGCGAAUCAGUCUAGAGCCGUUUCUGUGGAGAAUGAAAAUCGUACUGCAUCCAUAUCAAGUGAUGAAGGUGUUCAGCCAUUGCCACCUGAUAAAAGUCCAGUAUCGCAGAAAUUAUCAUUUAAGCAUCGCCUAUUCAACAAAACGCCCAACACAUUAUCAGUACAACCUUAUGGAAGUUUAGGGCAAAGUUUACCUAACUUAACAUUGGGCUCACCUAAUGUCGGAACUCUAAGCUUAAAUUUAAGUCAGAAUACGUUAUCCGUUCCGAGUUCUAAAAAUUGUGCCCAUUUAUUGAGUCCGACGCAUCGAGGGGUGUCGUAUCCGCCGCCGUCGCCAACGCGAGGAAAUCUUAAACGAGGACUUGCUAUUUCGCAAAGCAAAAAUCCUCCGUUACUGAAAACGCGACACGUAACUUCAACUGUUGGUAUGACGACUACGAGUCAGGCGCCAGCAAGCUUCGAUGUACCUGUUAUCGCAGGCACAUCCACUGACGAUUCUUGUGAAAAUUUUAGUCGGAGUCAGCAUCGGCAAGCCAUGUUAAAACGAGUUAGAAAUGAUAAUAAAAGGUAUCAUACUGCAGGUGUUGUUGAUGAUAUCAAGCACCACGACAAUAAGGAUCCAAGCAUCCAAAAAAGGUUGUCGUGGAACUGCAGCCCUCGCCCAUCUGAAGUUGAACCGGAUGAUCAAACCUAGCAUUCGGCUACACUUAAUCAAAUAAUUUUUUGUUUUUUCGCUUGUUUUUUAGCGUUUAAAAUGUUAGAACUAUUGUGUAAACAAUAGGCGGUAGGAUCGACAGGAAGCAUAUUGGUAAUAUAAAUAUUAGAAUACUCCUAAAUCAAACGCAGUGGACCAAAAUGCCACAAUAAAUAAAUUCUCUUCCAAUAACCGGAUUGGAAUAAAAUUCCAAAUAAUGUGAUUGAUAAGUGUACAUUCCUCACGUACUUAUUAUAUGAAAAUUGGCCUAAAAGAUUUUAUAAGUAGAAUGUAUUAUAUAUUCUAUUUAUUGUGGUUUUUCUACAAGUUAAUGUUAGGUGCUUUAUACGUCGCAUUGUUUUUUAACUAAUGAUAGAUACUCCGUUUACUCUUGUUAUAGGUAGUCCUAUGUACCUAAGAUACUAUUUUAAGAGAACUUGUAUAUCGAAAAAGUACAAUGAAUCUAAAUAAUGUAAUGAAAAAAUAUUUAUUUUGCUUAUCUAGAGCUUAAUAUUAAUUUAUUUAAAUAUUUAUUAAGGCAAAUGCAAUACUAUUUUGUUGAGUACAAAUACAUUAACAUAAUGACUAUUUACCUAUGUAAUUUCCCUUCGACCUUUCCUACAGUUUUCAAAGUUUUUGUAAGGAAAUGGUUUACAAAUGUCAAUAUUCCUUUGAGGUAUGAAUAUAUCUAAAAAUAUCAGGAAAAGAUGACAAAAUGCCACCAUUACAAGAAAAGGCCACACACCGCUAGACAAGUAACUGUAAACAGACAAUUUUUCAUUACUACUUACCACUAAAGAAGUUACCUUGAAAAUUUUUCUUUUAAUGUGCGCAUUUUCUCAACGGAAAUAUGGUCGUAAACUAUUUCAGUUCUCGCCGUAACAUUCUCCCAAUUAUACAAGUGGCGUAUCGUAUUAUUCAGUUUGUAAGGGCAAAUAUUUUUACCAUCUCUGUAGUCUUGUAUUGCAGUUUCUAAACCUGUAAAAUAAACGUUAAUUUUUUUUAAA